GACCGCGGCGAUCGGCGAAGGUGUAUUUUUAGUGGCGAAUGUGGCGAACCUUCAUGUCCACUGGUUGUUGCCCCUCUCGCGCAAAAAGUGUAUGCUGAAAAAAUGGAAGAUGAUACGUCUUCGUCGGGUCCCACAUCGCAAACGGUGACGUUUCACGAGUACCUCUACGACAGCCUGGACAACACAACCUUCGGACAGCAAAUGUUCUCCGGGAAAGACGGACUCUUCGAUGACUCCGCCGACGGCCACACCGCCGCCGAAAAUGACCUGGGCAUUUUCGCCGACGACCACGAAAACGAGAAUGCCGGGUACAUCCAGCACACCAUCUCUGCGGACCAGAUAUGUAUGCAGAUCAAUCCGGGCAACAGUCCGAUGCCCAAGAACCCAACGCACGCCACGCUCACGAUUCAGAGCAUGAACGAGGAGACGCGCAAGCGGGAGAUCAAGCGCUUUCGCUGCAACUUCGAGGGCUGCAAGCGGACGUACAGCACGGCGGGGAACCUCAAGACUCACCAGAAGACACACACAGGGGAGUACACCUUUAUGUGCAUGCAAGAAGGUUGCGGAAAGGCGUUCCUCACGUCCUACAGCCUCAAGAUCCACUUUAGGGUGCACACCAACGAACGGCCGUACGAAUGCGAUGCCACGGGAUGCGAAAAGACCUUUAACACCCUCUACAGGCUGAAGGCCCACCAGCGCAUCCACACGGGGGAGACAUUCAACUGCGGCCAGGAGGGCUGCCUCAAGAUCUUCACGACGCUCAGCGACCUCAAGAAACACACCAGGACGCACACUGGGGAGCGACCGUAUAGGUGCGACACGUACGGAUGCGGGAAAUCAUUUGCGGCUAGUCAUCACCUCAAGACCCACAUCAGGACGCACACGGGUGAGAAACCAUACUCCUGCACACAGGACGGGUGCCAGAAAACAUUCACGACGCAGUACAGCCUCAAGACGCACAUUGCGAAGCACGACAGACCCAACAACGAGGAGGGCCAGGUGCUAACCUUUCACCUGGACGGCCUGGACGUGGAUCCGGAGCCCGGAGAGGACAACCUGGAGUGUGAGGGAGACGAGCUGCUGUUGCCGGAUGGGAACGGGCUGCUAUUGCCAGACGGGAAUGGGGGGCCCGCCCACAUGCUGCUCAACACCAUGGUGGCCAACGGAGAGCAGACCCGCACCUCGGAUGGAACAACGGUGCUCACCGUACCCGUGCAGACCGUGAACGUCAGCACGCCGGGCGUGCCGGGAACUAGCCUCAGGGCGUACGCUAUGAUCCCCCUUGACAUCGUGAGAGGCAGCGCGGACGGGGAGAGUGCCACCGGCGUGGCGAGGGUCCUGCUUCCCCAGACGCUGACAGUGGGCCUGGAAAUGCCAACGUCGGAUCGAGAAAACACCUCUGGCGGUGGCAACGACGUUAGACCGAGCGGGGUGGACAUCCUGUGCCUCUCCACGGCCCAGGCGGACAUUUGCAGCUGUCUAGACAAGAAGGAGUGCGAGAAGGGCAACUGCAAGACCUGCCCCAGUGGCCCCAGCAGCGGCUGUUGCUCCUUCACCGUGACCACCGAGAGGAAGGACGGUUGCUGCGGGGGUGGAGAGACAGUCGCGGACGCCGUCGAGAAACCUGCCACGGGCCGGGCCGAUCGUGCCUGCUGCUUAUAACGGCGCCUUUUGGGGGCGGGAGAGGAGACUUGGGUGACGUGCGGAGGAGGGGUUGCGUUGGAAGGUCUGUCCGAGCUGCGCCCGUCGCAGCCAUGCGGGACGGACGUUGAAAGCGGAGGCAGCUCGUAUUAAGGGAAGUGAUGCUGUGGUUUGGUGUGGCCGGGUCGGGACAAGUCGAAGGAGGGGGUGUGGAGGCUUCCAGACCACUGGAUGCUCCAUGUGAUGCGCAGUACGACCUGUCUGAACCGAAUUAAUUUUACGACCAGAAAGGCUCAAGCAGCGCUCGCCUUACCAGGCAAGCUUUUGUUAUGUAACGAGAACGGCGUUCGUCGCACCAAGAGCUUUUCGAGCGAGCAGUCCUCCUUUUAAAAGGGUGAUGCAACAAUUUUAACUUCGAAAAAAUUUGCAGUUUUAAAUUUUUACAUUUUUUUAUCUUGCCAAAAGUAACUUAGAAACCGCCUCAUUCUUUAGAAAUAUUGUGAUUCCAUUGCAUAACAGCAAAAAAAAAAAAAGAAAAAAAAAAGGGAUUCGCUUCAAUAUAAGGGAAUGUGUCAAAAACCUCGUAUCAUUGACAAAAGUUUUAGUGGCGCCACCUGCCUAAGGUGAAAAAAAACUAUUCUUUCCUUGAACCUCACUCUGUUGUGCUACUACGUCGGUUGGUUCGGAGGUGCCCAGAACAUCAACUGUUUGACUUUUUCUUUUUCUAAAGAACUAACGCACAUAGGCAAAAUUUGUUUUCAGUUCUUUAAUCCAGAUGUGACAGGGAACAACUACCACGAUUAUUUGACCAAAGUCCAAACAUUGUUGCAUUGCCCCUUUAUUAUGCCCGUCAACGUGAACCGCCGUUUCCGGGAGCGGAAGUGUGGGCGCAUCCGGCAAACCUUUCCCCCUGCCUCCCAAAAUCUGUAUAUUAGCUCUAUGCGAGACGAGAAGGGGUUUGCGGCGCUCUUUUUAACUUAGGAACGAGGCAUUUCGGAGACUGGUGUAGGAAUCAGCGUUGCAUUGUUGCCGUUGCAUCUUCGAAAGACCGCUCGUCAGUCUCCCUCAUGGAGGGAGUACGAGAGAUGGCCACUCGCUCGUCGUGCACUUUUAAGAUUGAGGUAUUUCUGGGUUAGGAAAGUUGGGCUUGCCUCACUAUUGCUUCCUAUGGGAGCACAACGGUCCUUACGGUAUUAUUUGUUCGCAAAUGUGGGGGACGGUGAGGAAAGUGCUAGAAAAGGUCGAAGUAGUAUUAAAAGGCAACUCCGCUCACUUUUUGUUUUUUUAAAAAAACAGUGCAGUCCUUUUUAGUAUCACCUAGGAGGAACAAACAUCAAAUAUUAUGACCUAAAUGUUUCUUAAACUGUCCGGCAAACUUUGCAACUUGCCAAAAUCAACCGACUCGAGCGGACGAAUUGAGGCACAACCAGCAGCGCAGUCGAGGCUACGGCGUGGGCGUAGCCAACAUGGAGCUAAACGUCGUCACCAUUGCCCCCUUUUGCUUGUUUUUACUUCUCCGAGCGAGCGCAACGGGUGACGUCAGCAACAUUCCCUGUCGGUGCUCAGCGGUGUCGUAGUGUUUGUGCACAUGUGCCGCAGUUGUGCAGACAUCGUCGAAUGUUAGACAUCAAAACAUGGUGAAGAGUGCGGUGCAAACGACACUUGGUGCCUGGCAUCCACCCACCCCAAUCCCGCCCAUCGUCGCGUAGAGGAUCACGUGACAUCUCAUACCAUGCGAUAGCCAUGUUCUUGACGGCCCAAGGCCAACGUUGCCGAACAGAGCCGAAGUUUCGGUUUUAAUUUCUGCUAGUGUUUCAAAUUAGAUUUUAAAAUAUAUAUCCCAUUUGUUUGCAAAGAAAAUGACGUAGUACCCUUUACUACGGCUUUUCAAUGUGAAAUCAUUCAUUAUCUCGGAAUUGAGCGGAGUUGCCCUUUAAGUCUACAGGGCUCGAGUCCUAAUUGAGCGUAGGAUGAAAAGGUAUUGAUUACGUAUAAAUACAAACAAGAGUGUACACAUAGACAGUUGCAGAGUCUACAAGAAAGAAAUCGAGAGUUUAAAUAAAUAAAUUUAUUUAUUGACUAUGCCUGCCAAGAAUUUGAGGAAAUGGAUGCUGCAUUUUAUGUGUAUAUGUUGCAGCUGCAUAGCUGUAAAUUGAGAGAGUGCUGGAUAGACAAGAGCUACAGCCCUAAGAAUCAAAUAUUUAAUUUGUUUGAUGGUUUGAAUCCUUAGUCUUCCCAAAGUUCCGAUAGCUCGGCUUUUAACCAAAAUUUACCGCGGACUUUCAGGUGAUGUAAUCAUAAAGUGGAUGCUCGAUCAUAGUGGCCCCCUUUUUUUUAACUCCUAAGAAUGUAUUGACAGCGGAAGAAAUAGGGAAAACAUGGGUCAAAAGCUUUCUUAAGCGACUUGGUGGACAUUGAACUAACAGGCCAGUAAGCUGCCUAACAAAUAGCACAUGAUUGUGUUGCAACACAUCUCUUCCUGGAGUUGUGGCCAAAAAAACUUGUUUGCUAACCAAAGCACUUAGAGUCACUGUGCAUAUUAUUGGAACAUUACUUUGCUAGAAUGGUUAACAACCACCACUACAUAUAAAGUGUUCGCCACGUCGUGAAAAAAAAAAAGUACUCAUAAUUAAGAGAUUGUGGCCAUGCCAAAAGGGCCUAGCAGUCAUCGGCGAAUACGAGAUUGUCAUAUCUUUGAUGAAUGCAGCUCACUGCCAGUGUCCCUUGCCAACAAGUUAUGUGAUUAGGUUGACCCAACUGAAGCACCUUUUCUAUACUUGUUUCGUUGCCCUGUGAUAUAACGCAGAGUUGGUAUACUUUGCGAGGAAAGCGGCCUAGAAAACUUGCCUUUUGGUAAUGUACACCCGUAGUCUGUAUUAACUGAUCGAGGGCAAAUAGGUUCCGAAAGUUUGCCCAGAGAGGCAACGAGCGACUAUAAACGACGAGUUGUAUGCAAAACGAGCACGGGCUGAUGUGACACCAGUGUGGAGCAUUUUGGCUCGCCUUCUAGUCCUUUAAAGCUCUCUGCAAGAGCCACGCUUGGAAGUUUGCAUGAUACUCAUGGCUGAGAGCUGCACGCAAAGUCACUUGAAGGAACGUGUUUGCCAUGUACAGUUCUAGCUAGACACGAAAGAGGCUUCUACAAAAAAAGUAUCUGGUUCUGAUCAAUCGAAGGUCUUUAGUGACAAACGUAGUUCAAUCAUGAUCGCCAGUAGUCGCAGGGAAUGUGAUCCAUUAUAAGGAAGCAGACAGCCAGAUAGAAUGAGCAGUGUGUAAGAUGCUGCAUUUGCAGCUGUGCAGUGGGCCAGACACCUAUGAAAUGGUCCACUGAAGCGGCAAGAUCCGUCACUUCAGUGGACCCGGUUCACCAUGGGCAUUCUCUCUACCUGGCUGGCUGGUGCAUUAAAGCAGCUCGUAAUGACUCCGGCUUUCCGGCACAAAGCAUAGAAAAAUAUAUAUAAUGUGAUUGUGUCAAAAUGCUAGGCUUGCAUGGGUUGCACGACUGUUGGCGCGCGUGUGGGAAGUGUACGACUCUGGCGCUACUCAGAAGGAUGCCGCGGGUGGAAGACCCGUAUGUUACUAUUCCUUAGGAUUUCCAUGAAGAUGUGCGAUGUUGAUGUAAAACUCCCGACAUCCCUCGUCGGAAUAUGCCAGGAUGCUAGUACUCAAGUUGUCACCCAAUUGCCUGAGGGAAGAGAAAGCUAUGCAUGCAGCAGAAACUUUUCCAAGAUCACACUUUAAGGGUGAUAAGCGAUGCAAUAUGUAUAUAACUUGAGAAACAAAAUGCUGCAAUGCAUCUUUUUUCACAGAAUGCCUUCAACGUUGGCGUGCUUAGUGUUAGCAGGUUGUUUGCUCGGUUACGUGGAGACGAUGAGACUAGGGCAGUGUUAACUGCGGAAUAAAAAAGUGUACAUAAACAUUGAA